CUGCCAAAAGCCGCCGAUCACAAUCUCCGUAAAUAAAACCCGUGCCCAAAACAAUUCCCACACAAAAAGCUCUCCCCCUCUCCCUCCUCCUCACAACUCCGCCGCCCGUCAAUGCCUCGCCGGCCGAAACACCGCCGCCUCAACUCCGUCACCAUUGACACCUCAGACGCCGGAAAAUCAGACUACAGAGAUUCCCAACCUCUUCUUCCCGGUCUGCCUGACCACCUCGCACAACUUUGCCUCUCCCUCGUCCUCCCCUCGCUUCUCUACUCUGUCUGCCGAUCAUGGCGCCGUCUCAUCUACUCCCCAUCCUUCCCCCCAUUCCUCUCCCUCUACGCCAUCCUAUCCCACAGAAACCCCUUUCCCGAUUCAUCCAACUCCAACCACCACCACGACAACGAAGACGAUCCAAUCGGCCUUUAUUCCUUCGACCCGAUCUCUGGCUUCUGGUCCCAGCUACCGCCCCCAAAUUCCCCUCUCCGUCGUAUCCGAAUUGACCAUCCCUCUUUCAUCUCUAGAUCCCUCCCAAUCCAAUCGGUCGCCACUGGUGGCCACCUCGUCCUCGUCGCCGCAUCCAACGUCCAUCUUCUACCUGCUCUCCCCCAUCCCCUAGCCUUCCACCCUCUCUCCCGCCGUUGGAUCCUCGGCCCCCGUCUCCGCCAUCCCCGCCGUUGGUGCGCUGCCGGAUCUGCCUCCGGUGCCGUUUACAUCGUUAGCGGCGUCGGCUCCUCUUACCGAUCCGACGUCGCUCGAUCUGCAGAGCGUUGGGAACCUUCCCGCCGCUCCUCGUCCAGCCGCUGGGAGCCGAUUGCGUCCCUCCGGGACGGACGGUUUAGCCGUGAGGCCAUCAAUGCUGUAGCCGCAGGCGGAAAGCUCUGCAUGGUGAAUGUGGAAGGAAGGGGGGCGAAACAGGGGUUAGUAUAUGAUAUUGAAAAGGAUGUGUGGGAAGAGAUGCCAUUAGGGAUGCUCGCCGGUUGGACAGGUCCGGUGGCAUCGCCAUCGCUGGCGGAGGAUGGGGAUAUGUACGUGGUGGACGAGGUGAGCGGGGAGGUGAGGGCGUAUAAGUGGGGGGAGGACCGGUGGAAGGUUGUGGCUGAAGCUUCGGAGGCCCGGCAAGGGGCAGUAGUUGCGGCUGUAGGAAGAGGGAAGAUGUGCGUGGCGGUGGCCGGCGGAGGAGCGGUAGAGGUGCUGGAUGUGGGGCGACCGGGAAAGGGGAAGACGUGGUCCGUUGAGGUACCCAAGGGGGGAAGAGUCAUCGCCCUCCAUGUUCUCCCGCGGAUGACAGAUGAGAAAUCAUGACCGUUGGAUUUUGGAAAGGCUGCCUUUUUUCAAUUAUUAUGAUAGCGUGUCGCGGGAGACAGUUCUGGACAUUGAAUGCGGGCAGCAUGAGGAGGGCGGAUGGGGAAAGCGACAAAAAUGGGCUUUCCGUGAGGAGCUUUUGGAGCAUUCUCGGGACAACUGGAGGUAUUGUGGAACUGAAUUUUCACUUGAAUCAGCUCUAAUGGAAAGUAGGCUAUCAUGUUGGGUCAACUUAAUUGCAGUGGUUGGUCCAGAUGCUCUUUUGUCUCGUUUCUGGUCGAAUUAUCCAUACUUGAAUAAUGUAGUCAUCUUUUUAUCUAAUUGGCUUGGCUCGUAUGGCUUAGCUCAGUCGGUCAAGUGAGCUUUGUGAUCUCCUUAUAGUGGGUCAUGUACCCCACAAUGAUUAUGCAACGUGCUCUGGUCUUGCGGUUUCAAGAAUUCCUCUCAAACACUCUAGACCUAUUCCAAACAGUUGACAGAUACCAAUUGAUGGAUUUGAAGAUUUCACACUUGCAAGCAUCACUCCUCUUGGAGGCAGAGGGUAAAUUGGCCAAGGCUAAAGCGAAGGUUAAAGCCAUGGAGGUACGACCUAAGGAGGCUAAAGAGCAGGCUGUAGCAGUUGAGAAGCAGUCGAAGGGAGCCAAGGCUAAGGUGCUCAAUCUUUCAGAGUUGUUGUAAGUUGCUUAAGGAGAAAAUGAAGCUCUAAGGGAAUAAAUAGUUAUGAUGAAGAUGGAAGAAGAGUUCAUUCUUCAGCUUCCCUCCCAUCUCAUCAAGUGGUGGCCUCCGCUAAGUAGAUCAGGCUUGGGACCACUUUGGCAAUUAACUAAUUUGUAAAGGCAAAGCUCAUCGACUCCAUGUGGUCCAAUCUGAAUGAAUUUGCUACCCUGCUCUCGGGUCGGAAGAAGAGCAAGAUGAAGAUGAUAAAGAUGAGGAUGAGAGCGUU